AAGGAGGUGACAGUUUUGCAAGUCUCAGCACAAAAAUAAUUUGCAAGUGUUGUGAAAUUUCCAAUUUCUCAAGAAAUUUUGCCAUGACAUGCAGCUAGCAUCAUAGCAUUCGACAGAACAUAAAUCACAAAGGUUGCCAUGUCAGGGACUGAAAGUUCACUGUUGGCAAAGUGGACGGGCAGUCAUGGGUUGUCAAGUUCGCUUCUGUCCAGCUCACUGGUAUCUUCCAAUACUGAAUCUAGUUUACAGAGAAAGUCUGACGAUUCACAGAGAAAACGUAAAUCUGAGAUCACUAGAACAGUAGAGAAGAAGAAAACAAAAGACGUCUCAGAUAAGAAAUCAACUCUAUCAGGUGGUCUGCUCUCUUCGGGUCUGCUUCAGAAAUAUGGUACAGGUUCACUCUCGGGACAGUCUGCUGUUUCCAUGACAACUAGAACACAAGGUACAAGUUUUGGAACCAGCAGCAGUUUGUUGUCUGGGUCAGGAUUAUCAUCAUCAGGGCUUUUGAAGAAAUCGCCAGUGGAGGGAGGCUCUAUUACUCAAUCUUCACUGUCAUCAUCAUUGUUGAGCAAGCCGUCCAGAGACCUUAGUGACAUGUUGUCAGGGAAACGGACAAGGUCGCAGGUCAGCAGUGGUGGGAGCAGUCAGGCCAGUCACAGAUCAGAAUUACUGGGGUCACCCAAACUUACCACUGUCUCUAAGAAAUUAACAGGAGGUGGGUCAUCAUUAACAAGUGGCUCAGCCUUCUUAUCCAAAGCUCCACCCACAUCUUCUCUAAGCUCCACCUUGAUUGAAACAAAAUUUAAGGAAACAGGAGGAUCAUUGUCAAUGGGUUUGACAUCUGGAUUGAAAAGUGAUUUACUGAGAAGUACAAGUGUGACCUCUUCAAAGUCAGAAGAGGCAAAACCAAAGAAGGGGAAAGGAGAGAAAAAGAUGGGCAAAGGCAGAAAACGUGCCAGAUUUGAUAAGCAUGCAGCUCCACCCCCAUCUUACAAUUUAUCCAAUGAGAUUUCAGCAGGGCGGGAAAUAGAGAUGCCAAGGUUCACACCUCCAGAUAGAGACAGAUCACUUAUAAUAGCUGCAAAAAUUCAUGAUGUCAAUGGUUUGAAGUUUGCCCUAGUGAAUGCUGUGAGUGGCUCACUGAUAUGUCAGCCAGAUUUCCGUCUCGGCACGGAUCCUACACGGGUAGCUCUUGUAACAAUGGCUCAGAAGGUGAUCUGCUAUGAUCCGGAGUUUGUUCUCAAGGUUGCACUGUAUACAAGAAAACAGUUGAACAUCAGAACUACAGCAAACUUUAUGUUGGCUCUGGCAUCACACAUGCCAGCCUGCAGACCUUACCUGAAGAAAUACUUCAGUGCAUCUAUAGCCCUGCCAUCUGAUUGGAUAGAAGUUGCCGAGAUCUAUUCUGCAUUCCCAGAAAAGACAUUACCUCUUGGUUCCUUGCCUUCAGCUUUGAGACGUGCCAUGGUAGCCAAGUUUCCUGACUUUGACAAGUAUCAGCUUGCCAAAUAUAACAAGGAGAGUUCCAAAAAGAAGAAAAAGAAGAAGUUGAGGAAAGCCGAAGAAGCAAAGGGAGGAGUCUCCACGAGAGGGGGUAGAGGGCGUGGAGGGAGAGGUAGGGGUCGUGGAGCUGCAGCUACUAGAGGAAGAGAUGGAGCAGCCGCUGGCAGGGGUCGUGGCUCAAUGUUGGACUCCGACAGCUCAAGCUCUGGGUCAGAAAUUGACUCGGAUGAAGAAGCUGAAACUCACAGACAGAAUCAAGCAGAGAAAGGUCUGGAUAGUGUUAUGUUUGAUGAUGGAGAGAGUCCGGAACAGCUGCAGAAAAUGAGUUUUUCGAUAAAACAACUGAUCAGAAAACUUCAUAUAACAGAACCUGUAGAGCAUGUUAUGUGUCUCAUUGGGAAAAAGUAUCCAAGUUCACUGGAUGAGUUUUACCGGUCUCGAUUACCAGGCACCUACGAGGAGGAGCGUGCCGGAAAGAGGAUGAAACUUCCUGUUCCUGAAACAUGGGAGACACAGGUGUCACUUAAAGGGAACAAGGCUUCUACGUGGCAAGAAUUGUUAGACCAUAAGAAGCUACCAUUCAUGGCUAUGUUAAGGAACUUGAGGAACCUGAUUAAAGCAGGCAUCUCCUCGAAACAUCACACUGGAGUCAUUCGGAGACUGACAGAUGAGAGGUCUGUGAUCAACAGCAAACAGUUUCCAUUCCGAUUUUUCUCGGCAUAUGAAGUCCUCGAACAACUACAGAAAGACUAUGACGCUUCUCAGGCAGCUAUUGUAGAUGAGGCGGUGAGAGAGACAAGUGCUCCUAGAGGUGGAGCUACUGGCAGAGGGCGUGGUAGAGGUAGGGGUGGAGCAGGAGGAAAGACUACUGAAAAAUUGACAGCAGAAAACUGGUGGAUCAUUAAAAAGCAAAGAAAAAUGGACAAGAAUAAGAAACCAAAGGAGACACCUUUUGAUUCAAACUUAAUAAAUCGUUACCGUAAGGCCCUGGACACUGCAGUGAAACUAGCAACAGUGUACAAUGUUCAGCCAAUCAGAGGACGGACAAUUAUUCUGUGUGAUGUGGGUCCUAACAUGAAGAUACCAUGUACAGCAGCCAGAGGUCUUGGAAAACCUAGAACGAUGCAAGAAGUGAGUGUUUUACUUGGACUGAUGUGUAAAUACUCCUGCGAGGAUUGUACCAUGGUGAUUUUUGACAGCUCCACCUCUAUGUACUGUACUGUACAACUUGAGAGUGGAACCAUCCUAGAAAAUAUGGCUACAGUUUUGGAGAAGGACAUUUCAGAGGACCCAAAAGCCCGCUAUACCAAAUUGCAAGCAGAUCUGCCAAUGUCAGUGCUGUAUGACAACCUUAGAGACAGGGUACAGAUUGACAACCUGCUGCUGUUGACUGGAGGAGGUGACCAGUAUGCUCAAAGAUAUGUGUUGAAUUCUUACCUGGAAAUAUACAGACGGCUUGUGAACCCUGACCUUCUUUAUGUCAAUGUGUCAUUUGCUGGAAGGUCAUGCGGAUUUGCGACAGAUAUAAAGCCUGAACAUGACAAUGAUAUAUACAUCUCUGGAUUUAGUGACCAGAUUCUCAGAUUUAUCGCCGAGAGAGGAGAAGGUGGUCAGCUUCGACAUAUAGAGAAGAUUGAUGAGGCUUUCAAUUUGAAACCUCUGCCGUCUGCUCCUGGGGAGAAGCCAGCUCCACCUAAACUUGAUAUAGAGAAACCAUUACAGAUAGCAUCACAAACACCAAGCUGGAGAACUGCCAGAGUUUUUAUUUCAUCAACAUUCCGCGACAUGCACGGGGAAAGAGAUCUCCUGACACGAUAUGUGUUCCCAGAGUUACGUGCCCUUGGAAAAAAACAUUUUAUCAAUGUGUAUGAGGUGGAUUUGAGAUGGGGAGUCACAGAGGAGGAGACAAAACAGUCAAGGACUCUUGAGUUGUGCUUGUCGGAAGUUUCAAGAUGUCAGUUCUUUGUCGGAAUUCUUGGAGAACGGUAUGGCUGGGUUCCAGAUAAAUACGAUGUUCCAGACACUCCAGAGUUCAAAUGGGUGAAGGAGUAUCCGCUAGGAGCUUCUGUCACAGAACUUGAAAUACAGGCAGCAGCGCUCGGACAUAAAGACAAAACUGAUAUGAGGGACAAGGCAUUUUUCAUGUUCAGGGACAAUUCAUUUGAAAGUGAUAUUCCAAAGAAAUACCGUGAAGACUUUGAGUGUGAAAGUGACAGAAAUAAAGAAAAGAUGGAUGCGUUGAAGCGCAGGAUACGCGUUAGUGGCCUUGAAGUUUUUGACAAUUAUCCCUGUCACUGGGGUGGUGUUGUGGAUGGUAAACCUAUUGUUGCUGGUCUGGAACAGUUCGGACUACGGGCAUUGAACAACCUCUGGAAUGGUAUUCAAAAAUGCUACCCUGAUGAGGAUGCAAUGAUGGAUGAAACCAGUCACGCUAACAAACUACAUGGUGCCUUUGUUGAACGACUGAAGAAAGUUUUUGUUGGACGUUCCAAACUGAGAAAGGAAUGUGUGAAAAUGAUGUCAGACAUGUCAUCAGGAGUUAUUGCCCUUGCUGGAAAACCGGGCACUGGAAAGUCAGCUCUGCUGGCAAGUUUGAUAACAGAUUACCAGCAAGCAUCCAAGUGUGACAGUGGUCUGUCAAUACUUACACAUUUUGUUGGUGCUGCGCCAGGCUCCACAAACAUCGUAGCAACUCUGAAACGACUGUGCCAUGAACUGAACACUAGAUUCAGCCUCAAUUUGGAAAUACCAGAAGACAUGAAGAACUUGGUUGCUAAGUUUGAAGAGAUGUUACAGGAGUCUGCAACCUACUGUGGUUCCCCUCUUGUAGUGUUUAUUGAUGGUUUAGACAACAUGGAACCAGCACAUCUUCCACACAAUCUAGACUGGUUACCAGAGGUUGUCCCAAAGAAUGUGAUAUUUGUUAUAACCUGCCUGACACAAGGCAAAUUCCACCAGUCGCUACGGAGACGAAAGGUCACAGAGGUCACUGUAGAAGGUCUGGACAUGUGGGACAAGGCCGAGGUUGUAAAGAGUCAUCUAGCUGUACAUAGCAAGGCUUUAGAUGAGUCACCAUUUAAUAACCAGAUGAAACUGUUGGUGUCCAAGAAGGAAGCAAAUGUUCCCUUGUACCUAAGUCUUGCUUGUGAGGAACUGAGAGUAUAUGGUCUCUUUGAAAAGAUGACAUCCAAGCUGAAGGCAUUACCUCAGACAGUUCCCACACUUCUACAGGAAGUAAUGUCACGAAUGGAGACUGACCUUGGGAAAGAUACCAUAGCAACAGCAUUGUCCCUUCUUGUUUGUGCCAGAGAUGGUCUUGAGCAAGUUGAACUACAUGACCUCUUGAGUUUGUUUGGAAUUCUGGGAGGUGAAAAACCAAAGGUCAAAGAGAUAAUGAACAUGAAACCGAGUCCAGAGGAAUGUGUGCCGUCUGCUGUUUUUGCCCAGUUACAGAGAGCCUUACAGGGAUUUCUCAAUGAUCCACUUGACUCAUGGAGUAGCAGAUUAAGUCUGUCCCAUGUAGAUAUAAUACAGGCAGUGAGACAGAGGUACUUGAAGUCUGCUGGUGCCAUGGAAACAGAACUACAUCUUCACCGUCUGAUUGCUGGAUAUUUCUACAGUCUGGCAGAUCCAGAGAGAGAUGGUACAUUUAGUGGAAAGUCUAUACGUGCAUUCCGGGAACUGCCAUAUCAUUUGAACAAGUCUGGUAGUUUUGCUGACCUGGAAGAUGUCGUCUGCAACCUUAAGUUCAUUUACAACAAGUGCAUGCUGGGAUUGACAGCUGAACUCAUAGAUGACUACCAACCGUUAGAAACAAGCAACAAGACACAAGAGCGUGAACAGAUGAAAUUUUUUGAGAAACCUGCUGUGAAGGAAUAUAAAUCCUUUGUCUCCAGGAGUUUACAUAUACUCUCAAGUCAUCCAGCAUUGACCUGGCAGCAAGCUUACAAUGAAAACUCUACCUCCCAACCUGCAAGAGAUGUACAGACUGUACUCAAUUCUGACACCAUUCCCAGAAGUCAGAAAUCUUUGAUUGAGUGGAAUAGUAAACCAGUCAACAUUGACCCAUGCUACCUCACUAUAUCCAACUUACCCGAGCCAAUGACAUGUGUUAGUAUAUCCCAUGAUAACAGACAGUUUGCUUGCGGUGGACUGGACUGUCUUGUACAUCUGUAUGAUCUCAGUACUGGAAAGGAGAUAAGAAGUUUCAGAGGACAUGCCGAUAAAAUAACAGAUGUAUGUUUUGUUGGUAGUAACAAACUAUGUAGUGUAUCUUCCGAUGCUUCAGUCAGUGUGUGGGACGUCAGUGAAGGUCAUAGACUGUUUUCCCUGAAAGGUCACCAGAGACGGGUGAAUUCCUGUUCUUCAGAUAAAUCAGGAAAUGUUCUGGCAACAGCAUCCUGGGAUUGUACAAUUAAAAUCUGGGACAUGAAGAAAGGCAGUAUGAUAUGUGAAUUCAAAGUUGGAUCCCCAGUGAAUUGUGUGAGUUUCCAUCCCGAAGGUCAGAAGAUAGUGUCAGGACAGUGGGACAGUACAAUCAAAAUCUGGGACAUUUUCCAUAAAACAAAGAAAGCAGUAUUGCGAGGUCACCAGUCGUCAGUACGAGAUGUGGCCUACUCACCGUCAGGACGUCAUAUUGCCUCAGCAGCUCUAGACGGAGAUGUUAAACUAUGGGCAGCAGAUACUGGCUCACAAGUUGGUAACAUUGAGGGACAUGCGUUACCAAUAAAUAAGUUGACGUUUUCACCAACUGGCAAGGAACUCAUUACAGUUAGCGAUGAUCACAAGGUCAAGGUGUGGUCAGGUCAUCUUGGAAAACCAAUCAUAACUGUUGGCACAGAACAACUAGGCCCAGCAGUUUCCAUUGCUAUAUCACCACAACAGGAUUUGGUUGCUAUUGGAUACCAUUCAGGUGUAAUCAAAGUGCACGAUGUACUGUCUGGUACUGAGUUAUAUUCUAGUCAGGUGCAUACAGCUUCUGUAAGAUGUCUGAAGUUUAUGUCGUCUGCUUUCUUACUGUCAGGGUCAGAUGACUGUUCAGCAAAGAUACUGAAGGUUAACUUGAGGAAUUCGUGUGUAGUCACAACUCUAACACAACCAGUUCUUAGUGCAGACAUAUGCCAGAAUUACUUUGCUAUCACUUCGGUGGACUGUACAUGUUCUGUGUAUGAAAAUCCAUUGAAAUACAGUUCAAAUGAAAGGACUAUCUUGAAGAGUGUACCAACUAGAAUUUGUGUUAUGGGAACACACACUGGACCUGUGACAAGUUGUGCCUUCAAUCAAAAUGGAAACAGGAUUGCUACAGGCAGCAGAGAUAUGAGUGUGAGAAUAUGGGACAUUAUUGCCUGUACAUUUGACGAGCAGAAUCCUACACCCUUACAUACCAUACAUAAUGCACAUGAUGACUGGGUCACAGAUUGUAGAUGGUCAAACACUGCAGACUUCAUCAUCACAGCUUCCAGUGAUUUCAAUCUCAAAGUUUGGGAUGUAUCAAAGAUUGGCAAUGUACCAGGUGAAACAACAAAAGAGUCCACAGGAGAUGGUGCAUGUAAAGUGAAGUACAGUAUGAAGGGACACAUGGCCUCUAUCAACCAUAUAGGCUAUAGUUAUGGAUGUGUUGUAUCAACAUGUGCUGAUGGGUCAGUAAAGAUGUGGUCUCAUAAAGGUGUAGAAAUCACUACACUGUACGGACAUACACAGAGGGCAAACGGCUGUGAUAUAUCUGUCAAACUUCUUGAUGAAAGUCUGCAAGAUAUGGAUGGAGACUGGGGUCAAGAUGAGGAGAAACCAGACAAGAUGUUACAACCCAAACUAGAUAAUGUUAUGGUUGCAACCUGUGGGGAUGAUGGAACGGCCAGACUCUGGUACCCUCUUCAGGCGAAUGAACUUUCCUGCUUGACUGGUCAUUCUGACAAGGUGCUCUCAGUUGCCUCUGACAACCAAGGUCGUCUGUGUACCACCUCAUUGGACAAGAGUAUCAAGUUGUGGUCAUGUGAUCAGGAAUCGCAGACUGUGAUUGGUGGACAUGAUGCACCAGUGACCUUUGUGUGCAGCAACUUUAACGGAGAUAGUCCAGUUAUACUAACAGGAAGCAGUUACCAAAUUACAAAUGUUUGUCUUCAUUCAUUCAUUUGUGUUUCUUUUUUCAGAGAUGGUGUAGUUAAGUUAUGGACAUCAACAAACAGUCAAUCAAAAUACAUCUGUGUGGCCACUUUGAAGGCUCAUACAAAGGCUGUAACCUGUGGUAGUUGGUUGAAUACAUCAACAUUUGUGACUGGGUCUGAUGACGAGUACAUCUCCACCUGGAAUCUUAUUGAAAUCAAUGGAAAAUUAGUCAGUGCAAGAAGGACAAACACAAUGAAGACCGAUUCACCAGUUCUCAGCUUGAACACAAGAAAUGACCCCACUGACAACUAUAUUUAUACCACAGAGUGGUCAGGAGCUAUCAAAGUGUGGGAUACAAAACUGAUAGCAUCUAAACAAACAGAUUAUGAUCAUUCGUCAUGGUUAUUGAAGAUCAAAAGUGAUAUUAGUGGCAGACUUUCGGUGACAACAAUGGAUGGCAAUGUGAUGUUAGUGAAUCUGACAGAGGUCAAGGGUAAGGUGACUGUAGGUCAGACUACAAGGGUUAGGGUUCAGAAUGCUGAAUCAGCACCAACAGACAUUCCAGCUCACAAGGUGCAACCAAAUUGGAUAACGGACAUUGUCAAUGCUGGUGGGUCAAAUAUCAUUGUAGAUUCGAGGGGACAAGUCAACUACACGGACAAGCACACAGGAAGUGAAAAGAGUGUUAAGGUGCAUGCGGCUGAGAUAACCUGUGUUGAGAGGGAUCAGGGAUUUACCUUUACAGGAUCCAAAGAUAAAACUAUUAAAAUCUGGGACAAAGACAUGAACCAGGUUGGUCAGUUUUUCUGUACUUCACCUGUUACAUCCAUGAUGGCAGUAGGCAACUCUACAUCACGACAGGUACCAAUCGUAUAUGGUGACGAACUUGGAUUUGUCAAUUUCCUAACAUGGAAUUGUUGCUAGGCAACUAAAUACUGGAUGUGCUAAACGAUACACUAAAUAGUGCUGUGACUUUAAUAUACUUCAUUUUGCUAUGUUUCCAUAGACGUCUUGUACAUAGUAUAAAAAUGAUCGUACGAGUAGUAAUCUGUGAUACCCCGGUAUAUAUUUUGAACAUUCAGUAUUUUCAAAGAGUUUUAGCCGGUUUAAAUGCAAGUGUGAAUGAGAUUUUUUAUUGCCAUAUUUGUAACUAUGAACUGCAAAUGAAAUCAUAUAACAUAUCAACAAGAUGCUGCUUGACUUUUAUGUAAAUUAGAAUGAAAAAUUUUCAUUGGUGUAAAUAGGUUACGUGACCUUGAUCAAAAGUACAGGUGAUUGGAAGAUAAUCCAGUACAAGUGAUAAAACAGGUCUGAUAUACAUGGCUUUUCUCUUGUGUUUCUUUCCUUUAUAAAUUAUUGCUUUAUCAUAUGUGUAUAUAGAUUUAUGCAUUAUAUUUUUGUUAUGAAUGUGUUGUUUUGUUGGUUCUGUAGGGUAGAAAGAAGUACUGUAUUCUGCCUGUUACUGUUGUAGUAUAAGGGUUAUAGUUGUAACGAGAGUGUUAAAGUUAUAAAAUGUUUGGUUAUUUCUAGAUUUGUACGAGAGGUUAAAAAAGUAGUGGUACAAGACUCGAAUGCAUCAUGUUCUGUUUAUUGUAGUAUGGGAGAUACGAGUGUGCAAGAGUGUAGUCCUGUACUGUUUAUAGUUUAAGAGGGUAAGAGUGAGUCAUGUAUCAUUGUUGCCAAAUGUAGUUAUUGGAGAUACAGUACCACUUUUUCUUGGUAUGAUACUUAUAUUGUUGCUAGAGUAAUUGAAGAAAGAUGCAACUGUGUUACUUUGUUUUAAAUGUUUUUUGUUGGAGUGAUAUAGGUACAUAGUUAUUUAUUAAUGUUUUAUACUUAUAUUGGUUGUUAAAUGAAAAAAAAACAUAAAAUAUUUCCUAAUGGAAAGGAAAAAAUAUUCACUGCCACAUUGUACAUAAGUAUGUGAUAAUUGUACAUAAGUAUGUGAUAUUUCUUGUCUUGUAUAUAACACACCAAUCUUUUUAUGUUUGUGAAAUUUAUAUAAUAUUAUAUGCUUUCAUUGGGUAUUUUAUAUUUUUGUCAGGUAUCAAUUUCAAUUUUCUUGUCUUUUCUUAUGUACUUUUUCACAUACCUAAAGUUUCUUUCAUAUGAUUAAUGUGUCAAAUUCAUAUGUAUGUAUGUAUGUAGGCAAUUGAGUUAUGAAUGGCUUAGUGAUGUGGUCAACAUAGCAAUGUAUGUAUGUAUGUGUGCAUGCAGGCAUUUGAGUGGCUGAGUGAUGUGACAACAUAGCAAGCAUGUAACUGCAAGUUGUGAAUGGUAUAUCAGGCAUGUGAUUGAGGGAAGAAUGGCAUAGUAGACAUGAUAGUUUGUGAGGGGCAUAGCAGGCAUCUGAUUGGGAGUUGUGAGUGGCAUAACACCCUCAUGAUUGCAAGUUGUGAAGUUGUUAGAAAACUCCACUUCAGUGAAAUAUAUUUUUGAUUUAAGCAAUGUUUUUGCAGAGAAAAUUAAAACUUUUUGGAUAGUAUUUUUAGAUCUGAGAAGCACUACUAAAGCAGUUCUGUGUUAUACACAUUUGGCCAACAGUAGGAACUGAUGUUGCUUCAGAAAUCAUUUUUCCAAAUAUUAAUUUGUAUGUUGCAUAUAAUAACAGAAUAGGUGGAUAGUUUUGUUCUUGGAGUUCGAUGUUAUAACUCUUAAAAGAGACCCACCUCCGGAUAAACACCAGAAUAUACUGAUAACCAACCCAGAUAAACACUAUAACGUAUGUUACACAGCUAGAUUACCGGUACAUGUUUUUACUGCAUGACCAACACUCGUGUGAUUUAUAGAUAUUUUACAGACACUGUGUUUUAAUAAAUGAAUACUGCUGAACUCAUUAAAAUUAUUUUCACAAUUUCUAACAAAUGAAAUUACUGUCUUUUCUAAAUUUUGAGAAAUAUGACAUAAUUCCGGAGGUGUGCCUCUUUAAAACAAAAUCGAAAUGCAGUAGAAUGGUUUAAUUUCAAAUUUAGAUUUACUCCUUUUUUACCAAAACAAAAUAACAAAUAUGUUGGUGAUAGUAAUUGUUUAUCCAGUUUUUGUUGCACAAAGUCUGUGAUUGAGUUUUAUUUAAAUUUUAUUUUUGAUUUCCAUUUUUUUUUUCUACUUUCCAAUUAUCUAACUGUGAAGUACAGACCUUAUAUUUACUAAGAAAUAAUUCCUUUACUGGGGUAUGUAUUACAAUUUAGAUAUGUACAGAAUGAAAAACGGCAGUCUUUGUAGAUCAAAGCUAGAGUUUUUAUUCUCCCAGUAAUUUGGUUUGUAUGCAUUAAUAGUGCAAUAUUUAAACUUUUGAUACCAUUAUUUAUACAUAUAUUUUUGUUACACGAUUCAGUAAUAAAAUAUGAAUACAA